UUCUCCGAGCGAUAACGUAUGUUCUGCCGGGUGUUCGGAAUCGCGCGCGUGUUGCUUCGCGGAUAACUCUCUUCUGAUCGGUCAAGUUGCGAAGUGUUUUCCCGGAAAUUUAAACCCGGUUGGUGGAGUUACGUACGGGGUGUGACAUUUGGUGUUUCCUUGUUUUUUUUUUCGUCGGUGGUUUGCCCUCUUUCCUGCCGAUGAUUGGUGGUUGUAGGUGUGAAACUGGGUAGCCGGGGGGUGGAAUUCUUGUUUUAUCGUGAAAAUUGUGUGGGGCUCGCCUUAAGGCGCUCGAAGGUUGUUAAAAGUGAAUUAGUUUCGAAUUGUAGACAGCACUCGUGAAAGGAAGGGAAACUGGUGCGGUUCAGAAUGGGAGCAUUCCUGACGUGUGCGUGUUAGAGUGAAAUUGCGCGGAAAUGAGCUGUGGAAAAUGUGACAUUCGCAAGUGGGUGAACCAGAAUGCACCACUGUAAACGGAAGUGCAACGAAGACGAACGGAAAAAAGUUAUCACCAACGACCGAAUGCCAUUCAACACGUUUGUUAAGUGCAUUGGACAGUGUGCAGAGAGGAAAAAGAAAUAUUUCGAUUGAAAUUGGUCGCAAAUAAGGUGGAAAUCGUUGAAGGAAAAUUGUUUUUGUUUCAAACUACUGAGGCGAGCAAGCUGGAACCGGGCGAACAAUAGGUACGUGUCGGAAUCAAACCCGCCAUGAUAAAGCGAACGAAUGAAUGAAUGAAUGAGCAAGUUGCAGAAGGAUAAUUUUUCAUUUCCUGUCCCUUUCCGCGCGACUAGUCGCAAUCUUCGCUGCUCUCGGCUGAACGAACCGUCGAAUGCUUUCCCGGCUGGAGGGGGCAAACCGGAGACGACAGCCAACCCGUCGCGAUAAACGACUCGCAACUCGCAAUCAUCCUUCCGUAGUAAAUCUCGUCGUACGGCAGGCGGCAGCAGCAAGGAGUUUCCUGCAGGGAGGGGGCAAGAUAUAGAGAAAAACAGCAGAAUAAGGAUCGAUUUGAAGCGAAGAUUGCAAUCGGCUGCUGCCGUGCCAGCAAAAGAACUGGAAAGACGCUUUGCUGGAAUCAGCAACAUCCGGUUCAUAUUGCACUUGUUUGGCUGCCAGAGAACGGACGAAAUUGGAGUGCAGCGGUGCAAAUACAGAAAUCAAUCCGUUGAUGCUGCUGAAGGAGGUCUACCGAAGUCGGUGGUGAUACAUCAACGUCAUUUCCAUUGCCUAGAACGGAACCAAGCGCCGGAAGACCACACAGCAAUUCUCGCUCAAGUGCAGUUCUUUCGCUCUAUUGGCACUAGAAACAACUAAGCUCCAGAGCUAGUGCUAGUUACUAACGCAUUCUGCAGUUUGCGUCCAUUCCUAGCCCAACGGUGCUGGUAGUCAAGUAGCUGAUUUCCGGCUGAUAGUAGGAUCAUUUGAAUAACCGACAAAGAAAAACGGUGAAAUCCUUUUAUCCACUUCGAACGGUAAAGGAGUGGAUAAUCAAACCGUAAUUUAAUCAAGAACCAGCGUUUGACACCCGCCGUGUGCGUGUGUGUGCCACUGGUGCUUCGCACAGGAUAAUUGGGGAAAAAACUUCCGGAAUCGAAUAACGAGCAAACGUAGCCUGGCAAAAAAAAACCAGCACACGUGUCGAGGUGGAAUCCACUCUUGAAUGGGAAAAAAUCAAUGUGCUUUCAGAGUGUACAGAGAGGGAUCGAAAGAGAACAAAAAACAAUUUGCUUGUUGUAUUGCGGACUAAGCAAGCAAAAAUUUUACUCUUUGUGUUGCUGAAUAAAUAUUGCGAAUUGGGUUGAGUAUGAUUUCAAGCGGAGUACGAAACCUGCUUCGUUACUAGUACGACUUGGUUUACACCGGUUUCAACAAAUGAAGCAAAUCGGGAUACUGGCAGCAGGUGGAAAGCGUGUUUUGCCGUUAGAAAAAUACCGCAUUAUUAUUUUAGAAUUUUGCCGCUUGUACAAAUCGAUCUGCACCGCUGGAUUGUCCGCGAACUAGAAGCCAUAUUACAAUCGUGCUCCUGCGGAGCUAGGAAUGGGGGUCUAGCAGGAGCCCCUAAUCCAGCAGUCUUUCUUUAUGUAUGGAUCCAACAGUUCUACCGUUGUUGUCGACCUUGGUAGCACCGUCGUCGAACGUCGUUGUCGCAUCAGGGGCUAUCGUAGUAGCGGCUACGGCCGCAGCGGGAAACGCAACCGGUGCGGCGGUUGCAGCCAUACUCAACGCCACAGUGACAUCCAGUUUUCUGGAGUAUCUUCUCAACGGCAGUGGGAUCCACGCACCACUGCCAGUCUUAGCGGAUCAUAAGACAGCAGCACUGCUCACAUCAACCAGCUCUCUAAUCGAAACCAGCAGCACCGAGAGUUCCGCAGUUAAACCGGGCGCUAAUACUCUUACCUUCCAGACAAUCAUCAUUAGUACCAUUUUGCUAGCAGUAAUAAUCGGGACAAUCAUUGGCAACGUGCUGGUAUGUGUGGCAGUCUGCCUGGUGCGGAAACUACGAAGACCGUGUAACUACCUGCUAGUAUCCCUGGCAAUUUCGGACCUGUGCGUGGCACUGCUUGUGAUGCCAACAGCCCUCCUGUACGAAGUACUCGAAGAAUGGAAAUUUGGACACGUGUUUUGCGACAUAUGGGUGUCGUUCGACGUGCUCUCCUGCACUGCGUCAAUCUUGAACCUGUGUGCCAUCUCAGUUGACAGAUACUGGGCCAUCACUAAACCGCUCGAGUAUGGUGUUAAGCGUACGCCCCGGCGGAUGAUUGCUCUGAUCGUGCUAGUCUGGCUCGUCGCAGCCUGUAUAUCGCUCCCACCACUCUUAAUCUUAGGAAAUGAACACAUGACCAACGGCCAUCCAUCCUGUUCGGUGUGCCAAAAUUUCUUCUAUCAAAUCUACGCAACACUUGGUUCCUUCUACAUCCCGCUGGCGGUGAUGCUGUUCGUCUAUUUUCAGAUAUUCCGCGCAGCACGUCGAAUUGUCAACGAAGAAAAACGAGCCCAAACGCGGCUGGACACGGCCAUCAACGGUAGUGUGACGUCGGAGAAAAAAUUGGGCCCUAGCAAAAACAUUCUGGUCAGUGGAUCACAUCAUCACCACAAGCGGCUUCGCUUCCAGUUGGCCAAAGAACGGAAAGCAUCGACGACUCUCGGCAUCAUCAUGUCUGCCUUCACUAUUUGCUGGUUACCGUUUUUCAUCCUCGCACUGGUCCGACCGUUUCUCGGGGACCAUCAUCCGACGCUGUCGUCGGUGUUUCUGUGGUUAGGUUACGCCAAUUCUCUGCUGAAUCCCAUCAUUUACGCGACGCUGAACCGAGACUUUCGGAAGCCCUUUCAGGAGAUUCUGUAUUUCCGCUGUUCUAGCUUGAACAACAUGAUGCGAGAAGACUUCUACCACAGCCAGUACGGCGAGCCGGGUUCGCAGCGGCUGGUCAUCACCAACGAUGGCGGAGCGCGGGAAAGUUUCCUAUGAAGCUAGAGGCAAGCUGCAGGAGCGAUAGAUAGUUGCCGAUGACGACCGACGGCAUCCGUCGGGCGCUCGGAUGUAGGUGUCGUUAGUUGUAAUAGUAGUAGCUAAGCUAGGGUGCUUCUUUUCGGUGCGAACAGGUGGGACGUUCUAUGGGCCAUGUCUAAAGCACGGCUCGUUCAGUAUUUUAAACACCUACAGAUUCUGGAAUAAGAGCAUCAUUAAACUAACGACACGCAUUGAUGAUGGAAAUUCCAGCAAAACUGUCAUCAACGAGUGUCGUUGACUUAAUGAUAACAAGUACUCGCGAGCUACUGAGUUGCGUUGGCCAUUCUCUAAUUUUGGUCUGUGUUUAGGUCAUGUCUACCGGCUUACGGCGUACGGAUUCUGCAUUCGGGAACCUAGUAAAUAAACGAAAUUUUACAUAAACAUAGCUCAAAUUUUUCGGUAGAAUCCCAUUUUUAUCUUUGUGGAAUUCCUCGCAUUUACUGCUUUAAUCAGCUUCAAUUUCUAUAAAAUGUGUAUAAAGGCACUUAAAACAAAUUUUUCUAUCAACGCAACACUUUGUUUGCGUUUUUUCUUAGUGCCCUGCUGGAACUUUCAAGUUAGAACAAAGAAAUCAACCGUAAAAUAACCAAAAUGGCAGCUAAACCCCUGACGCACAACCUUCCAAGAAAGCAUGGUUCCAAGGAAUGUUCAGAUACUUUCCGGUUAAAACAUCGCGAUACAAAUAGAUUAUCAAAAACCAAAAAAAAUCUAUUACUGAUACUUUUCACUCGUUUCAUUUGCAAUUGGUAAUAAGAAUAAAAUAAGAGCCACAAUUAUCCUCUCAAACCAAACCACAAACAACAACAGGUGCAAAACGUGAAGGAAAAAUUCAAAACAACGCACUAACUGCUAGGCAAAUGUCGGAUGAUUAUACUGUACAUAGGAAUAAGUGACAUCAACCGGUAGCAGCACUCGAAACAAACUGAUAAUAUAAGUAUUAGUAACUUGAUGUUCGUGCUGACGGUGCUGGAAAACUGAAAGCAACUGACUAAGAAGCUGUGCGAUUGAAAGAAAACAAUGAUCAAACAGGAGAGAGAGGCAAAACUUGCAUCGAAAAACAUUUCCUAUUUGUAUAUGUAAUGUAUUACGUACGAUUGCCAUGUUAAUAAUUAAUCGAAAUUUUAAAAUACUUGAAAAGCCAAAGACAGCUACAGCGAGGGAGAAAGAAAUUUAACUAGAUUUUGACGUUCAAUUGCUGCAAUUGCUCGAAGAACGUGGGUGUGUGAUGCAGGUUAUGAAACCUCUUGUUGUAUUAUAAGCAGUUGGACGUGUUAACGAAAUAAGAUCGUAUUGGUGCAGUUUCCUAAGCAAAAAAAACUCUUAACAAUGAUGGUAUUAUUCGAACUAUUUCUAAACAUAAAACAGUUUUGCCUAUGAGACGUAGUAUAAUAAAUGAAAAUUUCGUAUUACCGUGUAAAUUUUAUUAGUGUACAUUGGCAUUCGUUUAGGUGGAAGCUUUGGAAGGCUAAAAUUAUGUAUUGUUUGUUGUAUACGGUGCAAUUUGCCAGCCCAUGUAUGUGGGCCAAACAACUGUAAGAUAUUAUAUUAUUUCUAUUAAAAUACUAUGAUUGUUAUUAUUACGAUCGAGACGUAGGACAGUCAGUGCAAUCACGCAGUGUAUUUAAGAGAAAAUAUGAAAAAAUACAAUCAAUGUUA